CCAGCUGGGCGGCCGCGGGGGACGUCGCGCCUGCGCACCACGCCACACCCUGGGCGGGGGCUGAGUGGGGGCGCCGCGCCUGCGCAAAGCGGACUUGCGGACGGUGGCGCUGGGGGCGACACCGAGGUCCCGCUUUCUCGGACUGAGGUAUAUCUCCAUGAAUAACCUAAAUGAUCCCCCAAAUUGGAAUAUCCGGCCUAAUUCCAGGGCGGAUGGUGGUGAUGGAAGCAGAUGGAAUUAUGCCCUAUUGGUUCCAAUGCUGGGACUGGCUGCUUUUCGUUGGAUUUGGUCUAGGGAGUCCCAGAAAGAAAUAGAAAAAGAGAGAGAAGCAUACCGUCAGAGAACUACUGCUUUCCAACGGGAUCUGGAAGCCAGGUACCAUGCCAUGAUCUCAGAAAAUCGGCGUGCUGUUGCUCAGCUGUCUUUAGAACUUGAAAAGGAACAAAACAGAACGGCUAGUUAUCGAGAAGCCCUUAUCUCUCAGGGACGCAAGUUGGUAGAAGAAAAGAAGCUUCUGGAAGAGGAACGGGCUCAGAUAAUGCAAGAAAAAAGACAGGUGCAGCCUUUGAGAAGUACGUAUUUGAGCUGCCUCCAGAAGGAAGAGAACUGGCAAAGGAGAGCCGGGCUUUUGCUGAAGGAGUUUGAAGCUGUUCUCACAGAAAGACAGAAUAUCUACUGCAGUCUGUUUCUUCCUCGCAGCAAGCGGCUGGAGCUGGAGAAGAGCUUACUGGUGCGAGCGUCCGUUGACCCUGUCGCUGCUGACCUAGAGAUGGGAGCCGGUCUCACCGACAUAUUUCAGCAUGAUACAUACUGUGGUGAUGUGUGGAAUACCAACAAACGCCGGAAUGGCAGACUCAUGUGGCUCUAUCUCAAAUACUGGGAACUAGCUGUUGAACUGAAAAAGUUUAAGAGGGUAGAGAAAGCCAUCCUCGAAAAGUAAAACAAGAAUGAAAUAAAACUGCUUUAGUGACUCGAGGCCAGGCAGUCAUGUGCCUUCUGGGUCUCUGGUGUCUUCUGUCCCCUCUGCCCGGGUUGUGGCCACAUCAUCACCCUUCAGCAGCGACCUCCACUCCCGCCACCCUCUGAGCAGAAGGGCAGUGAAUCCUCAGAGACAGAGGGUUUCCUGCUGAUGCUUGCAGCUGUCGGGGAUACAGUUUAUCUGAAGCAUUUUUAAGCUGCCAGUAUUGUAUUAAGCAGAAGUGUCACCUCAUGUUUUACCUCCAGGGUAAAAAAAAGUCAAAUACAAUACCGUUCCUUACCACAGGUAAUUUUCUUUCUGUUUUAUCACUCCCGAAUACUUUCCCUCAAGUUAUUUUUCUCUCUCCUGGAUUACAGUAAGAAUUUGUCAGAUAAUGUUUAGAACUGCGGAACAGAUAAUAGAAAGUGGUAAUGUUAUAUUAUCAAGGUUUUAUAAAGAUCUCUCUCACCCCAUAAGGGGAAAACACCAAGUGUUUCCUGUAUCUAGUUGUCUAAUGUAUGUUUGGAAUUUGGCUUGUGUCUGUAUUCAGCAAGCAGAUAUUUGUUAGCAAUAAUAUUUACUCAGAAAUACUUGCCAUUAUAAGUAAUAAUGCCACUUUUUAUUUGUGUAAUUCUUCACUCUUUACAAAAUGUUUUUAUAUAUAUUAUUGUUUACCGCAGUGACCAGGUAGACAGGCACUUACCACCCAUGUCACACCUGGCUGCUGGGAGUCGAGCACGUGUCCACAUUUACUCGUGAUCUUCAGUCUAAUCCUAUGAAGUGAGUCACACGUAGCUGCUGGGAGUCGAGCCCGUGUCCACAUUCACUCAUGUGACCCUCAUUCUAAUCCUAUGAAGUAAGAGUUACUAUUAGUCUAAAUUAAAAAAAAAAAAAAAAAAGAGUUACUAUUAGUCUUUGCGGGGUUAUGUGGCCUCUGUGAGAUCUCCCAGGGCCCAGCAUAGGGUGGUGCUCUCAGCACAAAGGCAGAGGGUGCGUGGGCGGUGCUCAGAGGAGCCAUGUGCUGACGCCGCAGGGCCCACUCCCUGGAGUCAUACAGACACGCUUAACUCUGAGAACAAGCCCACUGGGGACUCGGCAGCCAGGGCUUUUACUAAGGGCUGGUCCCAUGGCACGCUGCCUGGCCUGUCCGGAAGGAGAGCUGGUAUGCUCUGUACCGUUGGCACAAGCCCUGUGGGCACAGAGCCACCCUUAAGUAACGGUGCUGGGAGCUCUCCCAGAAUCCGAGUUCCCAGAUGUCGGUCCAGGGCCUGCCUUGCACACAGUCCUUGGAAGGACACCACCUUGGGCCUGCUGUGUGAAUCUGUCCUGAUGCACCUCACUUUACAGAGGUGUGAAAGAGCUAACCCGCCCGAGCCCACAAAGGGAACAGCAUGGGAGCCAGUCUGCGCCUAGGCACCUUUUCUCCAGGACUGCUGGUAAUCUGUGUGCAGUUAUUUGAUGGCGAGUGGCCGGGCAGGGGCAGGGGCAGGGGCAGGGUUGUCCAUCCGCUUUCAUGUGCCGUGUUCUCCCUGCCUGCCUGUCUUACAGGAAUUGGACAAACUGUUAAAAACCCUAAACUCAUAGAACACGUGGCAGUGUGAGAGCCGCGAUUCAUGGAGCAUGUGAUGAACCCGGAGCCGUACUCCCUUUACACUCCUGCAUUGUUUGAAAUCCUGGGAACCAACCCCUUGAGCACUGAGGAGGUGGGCUCAGUGCCGGCGUGCGCUGCCUGCCGCAGACACAGGCCUCCCACCAGGCUCUGCUUUCGGCGCCCACGCCCUGCUAAGGCUGCUCAGAUGCUCUGCUACCUUGUCUUCUUGUCUUCUGCUCUGCCACCAUCACUUUAUCUGAGAAAAAGUCAUUUUUAUUUAUUUUUUUUGAGAGGGAAUCUCUAUCCCCCAGGCUGGAGUGCAGUGGCAUGAUCUCGGCUCACUGCAGCCUCUGCCUCCUGAGUUCAAGCAAUUUUCCUGCCUCAGCCUCCUGAGUAGCUGGGAUCACAGGCACCCACCAUCACACCCAGCUUAUUUUUGUAUUUUUAGUAGAGAUGAGGUUUCACCAUGUUGGCCAGGCUGGUCUCAAACUCCUGACCUCAGGUGAUCCUCCCCGCUUGGCCUCCCAAAGUGCUGGGGUUACAGGCAUGAGCCACUGCACCUGGUGCUUAGAAGUCAGUUUUUAGGUAAAUCUGGACGAGACUCUUCCUCUCGUUUGUACUUCCUGGUGUGUCAGACGCAGCCUAAAAGGCAGUGAAGGCUCCACUCCCACGGCAGUCGGGUGUGCUGCGUGUCCCUGCAUGAAACACUCUGUGUUUGUCUUUAAAUUAAGAAAAUACAGUAACUACUUUGUAGGUGAAUGAUAUUCGAGGUGAACUGUUCAUUGUUACCCUGUUUCUAAUGUCCAGCGUGCUCACAGCCUAGCUUCCUUCUACAAUGAGAUAAAUAUGUUCAGAGCUUUCAAGCCAGUGUGGACACUGACCCAGUCCUGCAGAGUUAGGAAAACAAGCUUUUUUUUUUUUUUUUUUUUUGAGACAGAGUCUCGUUCUGUCCCCAGGCUGGAGUGCAGUGACACAAUCUCAGCUCACUGCAAUAUCUGCCUCGAGGGUUCAAGUGAUUCUCCUGCCUCAGCCUCCCCAGUAGCUGGGACUACAGGCUCCUACCACCAUGCCCGGCUAAUUUUUGUAUUUUUAGUUGAGACCAUGUCUAGUUUCGCCAUGCUGGCCAGGCUGGUCUCCAACUCCUGACCUCAGGUGAUCCACCUGCCUCGGCCUCCCAAAGUGCUGGGAUUACAGGCAUGAGCCGCCAUGCCCAGCCGGAAGACAAUCUUUCUAUAGGGUUGAUAUUAGUUGGUGUUUGUGUAGCACGGCUGCCUUCUGUCAGCAAGUGUGGGUGUUGAUGUGCUGCCACCAUCUUGAAAUGGAUUGUGUUAGGUGUGGAAUAUUUACACAGUGCUGUGCCAUUUGAUAACUGCACAGAUGUACCAAAAGAUACUUGGAUAAGCUGAGCACACAGCAAAAUCAGCAGAAGGAGAGGGUGCGUGUGACUCUCCAGUGGAAUUUUCUUCACCCAAAAUGGUUUAAAGUUACAAAAAAGGAUAGUUGUGCCGGUUGGUGUGUGUGCAGAAUUUGUAGUGACAUCAGAGUAAAGCAUCAUUUUUCCUGCUGCUUUCUUGGACAUCACAGGAACUAAAACACCUUGAGCUGGCAAAGCAGGGAGGACCCUUUGGGGUAAUGAGCGGGGCUCCAGGAGAUCCUGGGUAGAAGCAGAUCCAGGCUCCUAGGGAAGAGGAGGGCUUGCUACAGUGCAGGGGAGGCGGGCACUGUAAUCCUUGUUUAUAGUGAAUAUUGUAUAUGAGGUUGCAGUGGCUUAAAAAGGAAGGACUUUUGCGGGGAGGCAUUGAGAUUGCAGAGCCUGGGUGCAGACUUCGUGACUUCGGAAUAAAGCUAGAAGGCCUCACGGUUGACCUGGACAUUCUGAAAAUAAACGAGAGGCAGCACAUCUCUUCGUGAGUCCGGUCAGCUCGCUGGUGGAUGCACUUUUUCCUUCUCUGUUAACAUUCAUCGAUAAGGAUCCAUAAUUCCCAUAUAUUUCACACGUGUGCAGAUACGUAUGUACGUGUGAACUGGCAGAUACAUGUUGAUUUCUUAAGGGCAAAACUGGCAAACCUUGCAGCAAUGAUGGGUGUUUUGAUGAAAAAAACAUCACCAGAUAAUUUGUGUGUUUGUUAAAAGUGAAGUUAUGUCUAAUUAAAAUGUGUAACUGACGAGUU